AUGACUGGAGUAUUCGACCGGAGAAUCCCGAGUGUGAAGCCCGCCGAUUUUCAGACUUCUUUCCAGCUUUCCGCCAUGCAUCAUCCCUCCCAGGAAUCUCCUACUUUACCCGAGUCCACCGCUACGGAUUCCGGCUACUACAGUCCGGCCGCCGGAGUGUCUCACGGGUACUGCUCGCCUACUUCCACCUCGUACGGAAAACCGCUCAACGCUUACCAGUACCAGUACCCGACCGUGAACGCAUCCGCUGGGAAUUUUCCGACCAAAUCUUACACAGACUACAGCUCGUACACGACGCCAACCUACCAUCAAUAUGCUGGUGCUUAUAGCAGAGCUCAACCGAAAAAAGAGCUUGCUGAACCAGAGGUGAGGAUGGUGAACGGCAAGCCGAAAAAAGUGCGCAAACCUCGGACAAUCUACUCCAGUUUCCAGCUGGCCGCCCUGCAAAGGCGCUUCCAGAACACGCAGUAUUUGGCCUUGCCCGAGAGAGCCGAACUGGCUGCCUCUCUGGGUCUCACACAAACACAGGUGAAAAUCUGGUUCCAGAACAGGAGAUCCAAAAUGAAGAAGAUCAUGAAAAACGGCGAGCUCCCCCCGGAACACAGCCCCAGUUCCAGCGACCCCAUGGCCUGCAACUCCCCGCAGUCUCCGGCCGUUUGGGACCCCCACGGGCCUUCCAGGCCGCACAGCCUUCAGCCGCAAAACCUCAACACGUCGGCCUCUAACUUUUUGGAAAACACGGGGUCGUGGUACACAUCCCCGAGCGCCCACCUGCAGACCCCCAACUCGAUACCGCACUCGUUGGCACUUGGAGCGGGGACGUUAUACUGA